CGGCGCCUCCUUGCCCCAGGGCGGUCGCUCUCCGUGCGUGGCCCACUGGUAACGUGGACUGCAGCCACGUGCUGCCCCCAUGGCGGCCUCGCAGGUUCCGGGGGAGAAGAUCAACAUCCAGGCGGGAGAGGCAGCCAAGGCGGGGGACAGGGACCUGCUGGGCACCGACUGUCCAGAGCCGGACGGGCCGCUUCCUCGCUCCUGGAGACACAAGUGCGCCUCCUACGUGCUGGCCCUGAGGCCCUGGAGCUUUAGUGCUUCACUCACCCCCGUGGCCCUGGGCAGUGCCCUGGCCUACAGAUUCCAGGGUGUCCUGGACCCCAGGCUGCUGGUGGGCUGUGCAGUGGCUGUCCUGGCAGUGCACGGGGCAGGCAAUCUGGUCAACACGUACUAUGACUUCUCCAAGGGCAUUGACCACAAAAAGAGUGAUGACAGGACCCUGGUGGACAGAAUCUUGGAGCCCCAGGAUGUCGUCCGGUUUGGCGUCUUCCUGUACACCUUGGGCUGUGUCUGUGCCGCCUGCCUCUACUACUUGUCCCCUCUGAAACUGGAGCACUUGGCUCUCAUCUACUUUGGAGGCCUCUCGAGCUCCUUUCUCUACACGGGAGGGAUUGGAUUCAAGUACGUGGCUCUGGGCGACCUGGUCAUCCUCAUCACCUUCGGCCCGCUGGCCGUGAUGUUCGCCUACGCGGUGCAGGUGGGGUCCCUGGCCGUCUUCCCGCUGCUCUACGCCGUGCCGCUGGCCCUCAGCACCGAGGCCAUCCUGCAUUCCAACAACACCAGGGACACGGAGUCGGACCGGGAGGCCGGCAUCGUCACGCUCGCCAUCCUCAUCGGCCCCACCCUCUCCUACGUGCUCUACAGCAUGCUGCUCUUCCUGCCCUACCUGAUCUUCAGCAUCCUGGCCACGCGCUGCAGCGUCAGCCUGGCGCUGCCCCUGCUCACCAUCCCCAUGGCCUUUUCCCUGGAGAGGCAGUUCCGGAGCCAGACGUUCAGCAAGCUGCCCCAGAAGACCGCCAAGCUCAACCUCCUGCUGGGGCUCUUCUACGUCUUUGGCAUCAUCCUGGCCCCGGCUGGCAGUCUGCCCAGGCUCUGAGGGACGGGGCUGCCGCACCUGUCCCCGCUUAGGGUGUGCUGCAGGCAGAUGUCUGAGGAGGGGAGGGGGCUCAGGGUAGCUUGUGACUACUCACCUUUAAAAAUUCUUAUGAUUGUAAAGAUAAUGUUUUGUUCCGUUUUUAUGAGCAAUCCGAAAACCGCUCUGGUGUCGGGAUUUGGCGGUUUUAUUUUUAACUUCCACUAGAGGGCGUCGUCAGGUCACUUUGCCGGGGACAGACACAGGCCCCGUGUGGAGCGCCUCAGCCACCGGGCUGGCGCCUGUCCUAAGCGAGUCUUGCUGGGGGGUGGAAGGCUGCCGCCCCUGGACGGGGAGCAGUGCCUCCUACUCAGAGCCCUUGCAGCCUGCCUGGGGCAGGCAGCUUGAGAGUCCCUCAUCAGCGCUACACCAUGGCCCCAGAUUUGCCCAAAUUCUGAUGCAGACACGCUUGUCCGUCACCCUGCACCCCUGCGGUCAGGCUGGGACCAGGAGAAUCCCGCCCUGGAGGCGGCUGAGGAAAUUGCUCUGCUGUGGACAGAAAUCGGGUGUUUCCUGGGUAGGAUCCGCUGGGGCGACAGGAGGAAUGCCCAGCCCUUUCGGGGACCGUGAGGGGCCUAAUUGUGGUGGCAUCGCUACCCCUCCCCGCUGCCUGGCGCCUCCCCUCACACUCCCUUCGCUCUCCCACACCCCCAUGAGCGCCUCCCACCCACAAAGCCCUUCUGUUUGGGCCUGCGGGGGUGGUCACCUCUCGGCCCAGAGACACGGGGCCAGCGCUCCCGGGUGAAGGAAUAAGCAUCAGACAAGCAGCCUGGCCCUGCCCGGCUGGCCAGGCCCCGCCUGCGAGGAUGCUGGGUGCCCCCCCC